GCUUUGCUAGGUAGUUCUCUGUUCACAGCAGCAAGUGGCAGCUUUCCUGGGUCCUCUGGCUCGAAGGGUGGUGCAAGUUUCUCCCUUGAAGAGUAAAGUGCGGCAGUGAUAGAAGAAAGUCGCUGCAGCUUGAAUGUAAAAGUGCGAGGCAACUUGCUUUUGAGUAGUCCUCUGUAUUUCAUCAGCUUCACUUGAGCAUGGCCAGAACCAUAGUUGCUCAUGCAGCAGCUCCCUUCAGGUCCUAUCAAUAAAAGUCGAAAAGAGACCGUCUUGACCCUUUUGAAGUGGAAAGAGCAAUGAAUUUGGCAGAGAAUGUUAAGCAAGAUUAGUUUAAUUUGACCUGGAAGCCAGAGCUCAAUCUGAAAAGAAAAGAGUGGCAUCGAGGAAUCUUGUGAGGAACGGGGUAAGUAGCGCAAUGGAAAGCGGCCACGCAAAUGGUCUGAACCAGCCUACAAGAAGAAGAAGUUUGCGCUCUCAGGAUCUGGGCCUUAGCGAAAAUGAAGAUGAUGGAGAGGCCCCUCUUCAUUUCUCCACUAGAGAAGUAAAAAAGUCAACAGAAAAGAAGAUGACCGAAAAGGCCAGAGAAGGGCCAGGCUUCCGAAACCCCUUUGCUGGAGACAGGCAGGCAGUGGGGAGACUGGGAGUCUCAUCAGGGGGCGCUUCGCAAAACGGGCUCUUCAAAGCUGAUGCGGAUGGGCCAAGAGAAGCUGAUGUGCGUACCCUUGGCAGUGAGGAUGGGAGCCGGUCUUUGGAUGUCCCACAUCGAAGUACGGCUGGUCGCGUCACAGAGGGCUUGAAAAGGGGGGCUCAGUCAGGCAAGGCUUCCGGGUUGCGAAAUGAAAAGAUAGCUGGUACGAAGGUCAUUGACGAUCUGAGGGUGAGCGACAGUGAGGAAGACGAAUCCCCUCUACCGACAAGGAGUCGUCCAACGGCCAGCAUCGCGGGGAGAAAAUUGGUGGGAGAGGAGCGAACUGACAGCACGCCGGACAGGGAGGGGUGGCGUGCACGGAAAGGGGCGCAGGGGCAGACGACUGUUGGUAGCGGGAGUCAAAACGCAAGCGGAAGUGCGGGCAAUAUAGGCAGGACAGGGGGCCUGAGUCAAAGUGCCUCCGAGGCACAGGAAGACCAGCAUGCCUCUGCAAUACCGGGAACUGACACGCAGACGCACGAGGCCUGGGGAAAGUUGGCAGAAGAAGAGGACCGAGAGGAAGGGGUGAAGGAAGAGAGGACAGCUGUUGGCGGGUGGACUGAUUUCAAGGAGGGAACGAGGAGUGCAAGCGAGAACGGGGGAGAAGGUAAGAGCCAGAGCCUGGGUGGUCAGGAAGCGGCUGGAGAGGUGGCGGGGGAAGAAGGGAGCGGCGGAAACGAAGUCAGGAAAGACGAGGGAGAGGCGCGGAUGCAGGCUGGAGGGGUGGAGGAGAAGCUCAGCGACCCAGAGGUGCUACUGACAAGAAGCGGGGAGAGAAGCGGAGGUUACGUGCACGGGGAAAAGUCCCGCAGUCGAGGGUCCGUCCCAGAGGAGACAGUGGCAGGUGCGGCGUUAUGCGAAGCGAUUGCAGAGGAGGGAACUAGACAUAGGGCAGAUUCUCAACCAGAAAGCGGGGGUUGGCGCAGCCGAAAGGUGUCCCUGAGCCAAGACAGUGUGCAAACCGAGGGCGGUGUCAAUGGCAGGCACUCCAAAGACCCGGCUUUGGCUGUUGACACCAGCGCUGUUCAGACAGAAGGGCCUGAAGCUGUGAGUACAGGGGACGACGAGCCAGGCCCCUCCAAUUUGAACCCAGGGGAAAGCCCUAGUGAAGAACAGAACAAGGGGACCGGGGACAGAAUGCGACCGGAGAAAAGUACUGGGGAGGAUGCACCAUUCCUCGGCAGGGCAAGCAGUGUGCCGGAGUCCUCGAAUGCGUGGUCUCGCCAGCUGUCGUUGCGUUUGCUGCGGCCGAGUCUCUCGGGAGAGCCUUCCACCGCCCUUCCAGAAGACUCCUGGAGGGAUGCACGGGCCCCUAGUGUGCAUGUGGAGUCUGGAGACGGCGGCAGCCCAGGACUUGAGCCGCUUGAGGAGGGAACUGAAACUGUGCCUCGUUUGGAAGCGGCAGGGGGUUUGGACCUGGCAACGGGGGGCCCUGUUGGGGAGUCGUUUGGAGAGCGAGAAGGGGCGGGCAGAACGCACGAGGAGUCAAACGGCCGGAGAAGAAGGCCGUUCAUCAGUCUGGACGAUUCUCCAGGAACGGCUGGAACGAGUGCUGAACAGUUGGAGAACUUGAACGGGCUUCAUGCUGCUGCGGAUUGGAGAGGUUCUGCGGCGCUUGGCAUAGGGAAACCUUCUCUUCGGCAGAGGCCGAGGCCGACCUUUUUAUCGGAAUCGUCCUUGUCAGACGAGGAGGAGCCUAUGCCACUGGUCAGACGGUCGCAAUGGUCCAGACGUGCGCCUCAAACGGGGUCCGUCUCUCAGAACAACGGCGGGGGCUUGCAAACAGAUGGGGCGGUUGGGUUGGGAGGGGGCCGUUCACACCAGGCUCCAGCAGGGCCCGAGCUGGUGCAAAUACCCGAGAGCCCCGAGGGUGAGAACGGGCCCUUGUCACCGCCCCAGCGUAGGCGGUCGGCUCGCCACCGCAGGGGGGAUCUUGGCGAAGGCCCACGUUCCUUGCAAAUCUUGGAGCCUGAAGAGGUGACAGGUCUCGGGGGUGGGGAACGGAGGGGGGGGGUUUCUAACGGUCUGGCUGAUAGUGCACAGUUGCAGGAGGAGGACGGUCAGGAAACGGCGGGAAGGGGUGCCGAGAUUUGGUCCGGUUCGAAAGCACCAGUUGAGAAAAGGGAAGCUGGCGUUUUAGGGAGACCGCAGAGAAGACGCUUUCUGCUGGGGCGUCUGGAGGAGCUCGGCGCAGCUGCUAGUGAGCGGAGUGGGGGGCCGUCAGAUUCUGAAACUGCGAAUCAUGCGCUGCCAGGCGGGGACAGUGGUGCGUCAGGUUUGACGGCAGCAAAUCAGUUGGGAACGGAAUCUGCUGACGUCAUAGAAGAAGGGGACCGGUUCAGCCGUCCGAGCUUUUGGACCAGACGGACAGCAGGGACGGACGCUGCACAGCGAUCCAGGGGGUUAAGGGCAGCGUUUGUACAGCCACGGGAGAGGGCGAGCGAGGGGGCUUGGGGCUCUGGAAGUUUGGAAAGUGAAGAAGAGGGCCGAGGAAAAGGGCGAGAGAUUGCCGAAACGGAGAACGAAGGAUCUGUUGAGAGGCGCGGAGUGGUGGGUGCUCGAAGGGACGUCGGGUUUCCAGCUUCGAGAGGAUUGAGUUUGGCACGAGCUCGGCGGGAGCAGACUGGGGGUCUGCUGCCGGGACUUAGGAGCACGUUGGUUGGCGAGAGCGAGGGAAGAAGCGAAGCAGGGGCGGACGCAGGGCCACUGGGCCUCGAGGGUUUGGAGCGUGGAGGGUUUGCGGCUGGGCGGAGGGUUCCCGCACUAAACGGAAGAGGAGGGUCGGAAAAUGCAUCGGACAGAGACUUCGCGGGUUCAGCCGGUGUCGGCAGGUUGAACGUUCCCGAAAUCACAGGGCAAAGACAGGAUUACAGUCUUGCGGGCCGGUCAGGAGCCGAACGCUUUGGAGGCACUGAGAACCGUGUGCGUGUUGCAGCGGGGGAAAGCUUGGAGGCUGGCGUUGGGGAGCGGCAAAGCGGGCUUGCAUCGCAAACUAGAGGUGGGGGGAUAAGUUCGGAAGGAGACGAGGACGAGGAUGUGCCGAUCGCAGCUGCGCAGCGGAGUCGGCGCGCAAAGCGGCGGCGGUCCGAAAUGCGCCCGGCGCCGUCCGUGAUCGUCGAUCUGGACGGGAGCGACGAAGAGGAGGUUUUGGCGCACCGGACGAGAGUCAGGCGGCGUGGGCCUGCGGGGGGCAACCUAGAGGUUUCGGGGGCAGGGUUAGGCCGUGCCAGGGCAGGGGAGGCUCUAGAGGUCCCGGACGAAGGUCUAGGGGUUCGCGGGAGAGGUUCGAGAAGUCGGGGAGGAGUCAUGAGAGGCCUAGGCGGAAGUCUAGAGGAUGCGGUGAGCCGCCUGGGCGUCCUUGGGGGACGGCUAGAGGUACCGCGGGAAGGUCGAGGCGUUCGAUCGCUAGCUAGAGGGCCUGAAAGACGAGGAGGAGAGCCAGUGGGAAGCCUAGAGGUUCCGGAGGUGCGGGACGAGGAAGCGCAGCGAAGAACGCAACUAGAGGAGGAUGAGAGGCUCGCAAGGGAGCUGCAGAGAAGGGAGGAGAUGGAAGCGUCAGACACGCUGACCCGGGCUGAUGCCGAGUUCGCCCGCCGACUCCAAAUGGAAAUGGAGGAGGAGGCCAGCAUGCGCGCUUUGCCCACGCAAACCGACCCCCAUUUCGGCCAUUUCGGAGGUGCACCCAUCCCCUGGGACGAACCCGAGGGCGGACUCGACUUUCCCAGCGAACGAAACCCUCCGAGUCGCUCUGGGGGGGUGCGUUUCACCCCUGCCAAUAUUCCCGGAACGAGCUUUCCGAGAAUGGGGGUGCCAAACACCGGCGGAACCAGGGGCCCUCCUCUCCUGCAACGAUCAAACCCGCGAAACAUGCCACCCCCCGAGGACGCAACUUUCCGCCGUGCGAGCGAUCUUUUGGGGGGGGCAGCGGCGGCUCUGGAGGCGCCCCCCGGGGAAGCCGAAGCGGCGCGGCGGUCUGUACGGACGGCCGUAGCGGGGGGGCGCGGUUCUGAAGCGAGAGGCCGGGGGGGGGCGGUUGUUCCGAGAGGGGGGGCGCGGGCGGUCAGGGGAGGAGGGGGCGGGAGAGGGAGAGGGGGCGGAUAUGCGGCUGCGCGGGGGGGAGGAGUGCGAGCGCGCUAUGGAAGGGGGGCCCACAACUGGAACGCCGGCCCAGGCCACCGGCUGGACGACCCCCCCACUCCGGAAGUCAGCUUCGGCCCCGGGUUGUCAAUGGAAGACCGGAUGGAACUUCUCAUGGCGAUGGAGGAGGCGGCACAUUAUGGGGGGGGGAUGGGCUUCGGGGGGGGCCGCGGGCGGGGCGCAGGGUUUGGGGGUUUAGGCGCGCUUGGGCUGAUCGCGGGGUCGCGCGACUUCGACGAGCGCGACUACGAGAUGCUGCUGCGGUUGGACGAGGGGGGGCCGAGCCCCUCACGGCCGCGGGGGGCGACGGCGGGGGAGAUCCGCAGCCUUCCCACCAACAAAGCUUCGGCAGCGGACAUCGCAGCGGGGCCAUGCACCAUCUGUUUGGACACGCCCGAGGAGGGUGACGUCAUCAAGCGGCUCCCGUGUAUGCACAUCUUCCACCAGAAGUGCAUAGACGACUGGCUCCAGCGGCAGCCACUCUGUCCAAUUUGCAAGGCCAGUGUACGAACAUGAUCAAAUUCACCGUUGCCUUGCUAUUGCUACAGACGAAAGGGAUGUGAAAAAAGAAGACGAGACUCCAAUCACUGAGUCGGGUACCGUUACAGUCACUGCAAAAGGGGAUUCCCCUGGCUUGCCGAAUACAGUCGGGAAUGAAAGUGAGAUGUACAUGCUUUUAACAUAUGGUCCGUUCAUACUGGCU